AGAGAUCGAACACCUGAGCUCAAUUAUUGUGAAGCCCAUGGCCGGAGCAACUGCUAGAGUUCCGAGGAGCCACCGGAUUCUUCCCUUCGAUAAUUGUGAAAUUGACUUUUCCGGUUGGCCGGCAAUGAGUUUGUCCGAUACCAUCUUCGGGUUUCUUGACGCAGAAGGCGAAGGCUCGCCGGAAAGUGUUGUUAGCAUUGAGGAGUUUGAUGAAAAUGACGGUGGGGAUGGAGAGAAAGGAAGCUGUGAAAGUAUUAAUGAAGGUAACAAAACUUUCUGGGAGACCCAACACCAACUUUUACAUGCCACCGUAAGGAGGUCUAGCUCUUUGGAAGCAAGGAUACGAGAUGCCACCAAGGAAGCAUUAAAAGAAGUUCAAAUUACAGGGAAUGCAUGUGUUUGUCGGAGACCCGUGGCAGGCGGUUGCCGGGACUGCCUGAUGAGAGAAGUCUGUGGCCGUCUUCAAAAUGCCGGUUACAAUGGUGCCAUUUGCAAGUCUAAAUGGAAGAGCUCUCCAGAUAUCCCAUCAGGUGAACACAGCUUUUUAGAUGUGGUGGACAAGUCGAAUCCUAAGAAAGGAGAAGUGAGGGUGAUAAUUGAAUUGAACUUUCGCGCGGAGUUUGAGAUGGCGAGAGCAAGUGAAGAGUACAAGAAGCUGAUCAGUAAUCUUCCUGAAGUGUUUGUUGGGAAAGUGGAAAGAUUACAUUCAUUAUUAAAGAUAUUGUGCUCAGCUGCUAAGAAGUGCAUGAAAGAGAAGAAAAUACAUAUGGGUCCAUGGAGGAAGCAUAGGUACAUGCAAGCAAAAUGGCUGAGCACAUGCAAGAGGACCACCUCCAUCGCGCCGCCCUUGCCAACCGGAUACCCUAACCGGCCACCAAGACCGAGGGCGUCGAUGCUAACGCUAGAUUUGCUAGAGAACUUGCCCAAUUUACAUCGGACAGUGGUUGAGGUUGUGUGAUACUGUUGCAUACAAUUUUGUUUGUUCUCCUUUAAGGAUCACUUUUUCUUUUUUUUUGGUUUUUUCUCCUUCCUUUCCUUUAGAUGUGCAGUUGUGAGUUGUGUGAGUCUACAUGACUACGUAAAAAAGAAUAAUAUAGAGUACGGGAUUUUGGUGCUGCUA